GUUUACGGAAGCAUCACACCACCAACCAGUUGCUGUUGUCACCGCCAGUUACCGGCGUACUCCUGUUAUUUUAUGAGGAACAGUUAUUACAAGGUGUGUAAACUUUAAAACAGGAUAUUUCUAGAUGAAUCUAGGGUCUCAAGAUGUCAGAGAAAUGUUCAAGAAGACAAAGAAUCAGCAUCCCAGAGUUUUACAGACACAAAUCAGUGUUCAUCACUGGAGUUACUGGGUUUCUAGGCAAAGUUCUCUUGGAAAAGCUGCUGCGCUCAUGUCCAGAAAUUAAGCGUUGCUAUGUUCUCAUACGGCCCAAAAAGGGGCAGUCACCCCAAGAGAGAAUAGCUGGGGUCCUCAAUUCUAAGUUAUAUGACAAGCUGCGCUCAAGCCUGCCAGAUUUAAAGGAGAGGGUUGUGCCGGUCUGCGGUGACAUUCUAGAGCCAAGACUAGGAAUGAGCGAGGAGGAUGAACAGAUGGUCAUCGAGAAUGCCAACAUAGUGUUUCAUUCAGCCGCUACAGUGAAAUUUGAUGAAGAACUUAAGUUGUCUGUACAAAUGAAUGUAUUAGGAGUUAGAAGAAUUGUUGAGCUAGCAAAGAAAAUUAGAAACUUAGAGGCUUUAGUCCACAUUUCAACAGCCUAUGCCAACUGUGAUAAGGAUUCUGUGAAGGAAGUUGUGUAUGAUCCUCCCCUCCAUCCCAGCAAGAUCAUCGAUGCCAUGGAAUGGAUGGACAAGGAUGCUAUCCAGGUACUGACUAGCAAGCUGAUUGGCUCACGACCAAACACAUAUACGUACACCAAAGCCAUGGCAGAGUUUUUGCUGAAAGAGGAGAGUGCAGGACUUCCUACGGCUAUUCUCAGACCGUCCAUUGUUGGUGCUGCAUGGGAGGAGCCUCUGCCAGGAUGGGUGGACAACCUAAAUGGUCCAACGGGAUUGCUAGCCGCAAUUGGGAAAGGUCUUUUAUUUAUAAUGCAUGGGAACAUUUAUUGCACCGCUGACAUGAUACCAGUGGACACAGCAACUAAUGCCAUCAUAGCUGUGGCCUGGUAUACAGCCAUUGAAAGGCCUAAAGAUGUGCUGGUGUAUAACUGUACAAGUGGUCAGAUCAACAGAUUGACCUGGGGCGCCAUGGAGUCCAGCCUGAGGGAAAACUUUAUAGUCAAUCCUUGUCAUGAUAUGGCUAGAGUACCGAAUCCAAGAUUUACUCCAAGCAUGUUUUGGAGAGACACAAUGUGGUUCUUGGACCAGAUGGUACCAGCCUACAUCAUGGACUUCUAUCUCUGGGUGACUGGGAAGAAACCAAUAUUUGUCAAGAUCCAAGACAGAUUGUCCAAGGCAGUGACCACCUUGGAGUUCUUCACCUCGAAUGAAUGGCACUUUCACAAUGACAAUAUCUUCAUGCUGCUGGGGAAAAUGUCCGAGGCAGACAAACACACUUUCUGUUUUGACCCUCGGAGCAUCGACUGGAAAAAGUAUAUGAUCAACUAUUGUUUGGGUGUCAAGCAGUUUGUCUUGAAAGAAGACAUUGCAGAAUUACCCCGGGCCAGAAUAGCCCUGCAAAGGUUGCAGCGUAUACAAAGCUUGUUGAAAGUUGUGGCCGCUGUACUGAUCUGGAGGCUGCUGGUGAAGCGGGUGCCGGUGUUGCACUCCUUGUGGAACCUUCUGCUAAGCUGGGUGCAGUUUUUAUUUAUGAAAGUUCCCCGGCUGGCCAGAUCCUCGUAGCAAUUACAUAAACACUGUUUCUUUCUUUGACUCUUCUGCCUACUCACAAUGCACCCUUGAAGCAUGGGGUCAUUGUACUAAUGUGUCAUGUUAACAAUGAAGUAGGAUAUUUUAUUUAUUUUGUAAAAUAAUUGUUUGGAAUCAAAAUUCUGUGAACGCUAUUAAACAUUUAGGGCUUUUAACAUCAUGAAUUCUCACAAAAGUCAAAAAUUAUUUUUUUUUUUGGAAAUUAUGUUUUGUAGCUCUGCUUUGCAAUUUCUAGAAAUGAUUUUGUGACAGCCUAAACAUCUUUAUUUUUGUUAUUAAUGUUUCCUUUCAUUUUUUUAAGAUUUGUAUGGCCUGUAAAUUGAAUUGUUUUAGAAAUCUGGCUAACAAAAAGUUUUGUCUCAAGAUUUGUAUGGCCUGUAAAUGGAAUUGUUUUAGAAAUCUGGCUAACAAAAGUUUUGUCUCAAGAUUUGUAUGGCCUGUAAAUGGAAUUCUUCUAAAACACUUUUUGUCUCAAGUUUUGAAACUAGUGUGUAACGAGCAUGUGCUGGACAUUUUGCUUUUAAGCCAAUCACUUUUGGAAUCACUCAGAAUUUAAUGGCCGGAUCUGUCAAUGGGUCCUGUCUUAUGUUGCAAUGUGUGUCAUAGCCUGGAAUGUUGGUUAGUUCUUUUUUUGUUUUUUAAAUAUGUUUUUGUCCACACAUAGAUCGCAGGGUACAGACUAUUAAAACCUGUCACAUCUACUACACUAGUCCAAAAUAAUGGUCCUACAAUAUUAUUUAUUUCAUUUAUCUUCUAUUUGUACAUUAUUACUUUAGCAGCCAUUUUGUUGGUCAUGUGACAUUUAUAUUUAUUGAGACAUGGAUUGUUGCAGCUCAACAUUAUGAAUGAACAAAUAUGUUUCUCUUUCCUUAAUCAAACUCUUAGUUCAACAAUCUCUCUUUUAUUUUUAGAAAAAAUCUAACAGGCAUAAUUUUUGUUUAAUUUUACCAAUAUGUUGUUUUUUUCUCCUUCAGUUUUUAUGUUUUUUACUGUACUUUACAAAAACAACCUUUGUCUUCGCAAACAUAAAAAAUAAUAUAUUAACAUAUAUAUAUAUAUAUAUAUAUAUGUAUAUAUAUAAUUCCCUAUUAGGUUGUUUGAUAAGAUUUAGCAAUGUCAUUUAACUAUGAAGCAAAAAGACCAAAAUAUUUUGAAUACCUUCUUGACAAACUGGAGCCAUCUUGUAUUUUUCUUCAGCUCAUAGACUGUUGACGAUAAACAGACACAAUGUUUUAUCAGCGGGCCCCUCUUUCAGAUUUUGUUUGUUUAGUUCAGUGAAAAGGGUAGUGGGAAGCAUGGUCGAGAGGCCAAGUGCGCUUGAACUUGGCUUGGCUACCUAGAAGGGGGCUCGAGGUUCGACGCCCGACUUGGCAGAGUUGUGUUUACUGAGCGCCUAAAGGCAGCACGGAAAACCAACUCCUAGAUACCCCCUCCCCCCCCACUGGUCCACAAAUGAGAUUGGACAAAAAGCGCUCUGAGCAUGCUAUAAGCAUGAAAGUAGCGCUAUAUAUAUAUAAAAAAAAAGCUAUAAUAAAAACUUAAAGUUUCUCUUACAGUUUGUCAAGGCUCGCUCAGCAAAGCCGUAAAUGUUGUUAAAUCUGUUAUUUAUCCAGGCUUGUCAGUAUUUGCAUAUGUUCCCAAUCAUUCAAAUUCUAGUCAUAAUUAGAGCAAGUAACAUUUGAACUGUUUUUCUUUUUGUUGAUACCGGGUAGUUGAAACCAUUUGGUUUCAGUUUGAAUGGAAGACUUUUUCAGUUGUCAUCAUGUCUCUAUAAUUAGAGCAAGUACCACAUAUGAACUGCUUUUCUUUUUGUUAUUAGUUGAAAACUUUUGGUUUCAGUUUGAAUGGAAGUCUUUUCAAAUUAAGUCAUCUGUCUAUAAUUAGUCCAAGAACUGGGAGUGCAGUACUCUAUGUGGAUAUGCAGUUCUAGCUGUGAUCUAUAUAUUUUGCCACAUUCAGCGCAGACAUGACUUUUCUGCGGGUAAUCGUUUAAAGUUCUUUUUUCGCUAUUUCCUGUCCUCGUUGGUAAAUUUCCUUUUGGUCUCAAAUGAAGAGAAAGUACAUGGUAGCAGAUGGAUUUUGAAUAGGACGGCUUAAGAUCUUUUACAAAGGUGAUGGGGAUAUAGAUUUGAGAUCUCUCUGUAAUAAAAUCAGUUUGAGUGGAAAACCUUGCCUAUAGGAUAUCAUCUCUAUAAAAAUGUCUACAUUGCUAGCAAGUCUUAUGUUUACAACUAUAUGUCUCUGUUGUAUGUUAUUAAUUAGAGCUUAAUGUGACUUCACAAUCACUUCAUACUAGAGAAACACUCCUCUUGUAUCAAACAUUAUGGUAGGACUUGAUGACUUCUGCACAAAGAGUGUGGAAGACAAUCAUUUUGUAUUUGUCCUCACAAUGUGCUGAUGUUUUUUUUUAGGUUUAUAAUUUACUGUUUAAAAAAAAAGAAAGAUGUAAAAAUACUUUUUAAAAAAGGUGUUGUUUACAAAUCUUGUGAAACAUCUUUAUUUAACUACAGCAUAUUUGAGGCAUGCUAGUGUUGAUUGCAAUUAUCUUGUCGUUUUGAUACACUAACACUACAUUGUGCACAGUUGAUAUAGUCUGGUCAGCCUAUAAAUAAUAAGUUGUUCACUUUUUUCUUUUUUUUUUUUGAUAGAGUAAGGUUACACAGGGGUGUUUGAAAACUUAUGCUGGCUGUUGAUCUAGUUAUGAUUUUUUUUUUUUUUUUUUUUUUUUUUUUUUUUUUUUUUUUUAGUCAUUUACAAAUCAUAUAUAUGGUACUGUUGUUUAAAUUUGUAUAUGGUUUUAUUCAUUUUGAAUAAUUUGGACUUCAAGAUUCAGUUUACAGGCUAUGAUUUGUCAGGCACAUUUCUGUACAAUGCAAGUAUGAUUUGCUUUUUUUUUUCCCUUUUACUUAUCAUUUUAGCUUUAAUUAUUGAAAUAUAUUUUUAGAAUGUAUAUUUUAAUCAGAAUAACUAUAGUAUACACAUGGUUAAUUCUUAUACUUAUCAUCUUUAAUAAAAAAAAAAUGUAUUAGUAUAACAUUUAUCUAUUACAUUAAACAUUUUAUAGUGCUACAUUUUUUUUUAAAGAUAGGCAAUGCAUUUAUUGUAUCUUAAAUCUGUUUGAUGGUAUUAUGUCACCUAAAAAAGUAUUUUACCAACCUUGGAAAGUUGAAAGAAAAAAAGUUAAACAAAAAAUGAGAAACCAUUGUGAGGAAAGGUAAUCAAAAGUUGAGUGUGGACCUUACAAAAUCUUGGUCAAAAGUUGAGUGUGGGUGGACCUUACAAAAUCUUGGUCAAAAGUUGAGUGUGGACCUUACAAAAUCUUGGUCAAAAGUUGAGUUUGGGUGGACCUUACAAAAUCUUGGUCAAAAGUUGAGUGUGGACCUUACAAAAUCUUGGUCAAAAGUUGAGUGUGGACCUUACAAAAUCUUGGUCAAAAGUUGAGUGUGGACUUUACAAAAUCUUGGUCAAAUGUUUAGUGUGGACCUUUCAAAAUCUUGGUCAAAAGUUGAGUGUGGACCUUACAAAAUCUUUGUCAAAAGUUGAGUGUGGACCUUACAAAAUCUUGGUCAACUAAGUGAGACUUUGUUUUGCAUUGAAAGAUUUUUAUGGUGAUAAUUAUGAAACCAUUUCAUUGAUAUUUAACAAAGUUGUUAACAUGAAGAUCAACAAGAGAAAAUGCAAGAGGAUGGAUUGAGAUUGACUGCUUGACACUAAGAGAGACUCUGAUAUUUAGGAGGAAAAAAAAACUACAGUGGAACAGCGUCAUCAGAUAAAGCAUAUCUAAGCAUGUUGUACCUUGUAGUCAUAUCAAACUAUAUUCAGAUGUAAUAUUAACUACUCAGUGAAAAAAUGUGUUCAUCCCUGGAGUUGUUCACAGACUAAGAUAAAUGGUUGCUGAAUGCUGAGUCCUUUAUGAAGAAGAGCUUGAAAAGUUCACCGGAAAAAGCAAAGGAAUUUUCCUUGUUGAAAUUCCAAAAUCAGUCAAACAAGCCAACUCCUUGUUAAGAGUAGGAUAACUUGAGCAUUGAAAUUGACCUAGAUUGUAUUUCCUGUACCUAAUAUAGAACGUGUGGAAAAAUAUUCCUCCAAAGAGGAACAUGAUCAAGCUGUCUAUCACUAUGCCAAAGCAGAGUCUCCUGAGUUGGGAAAGUUUGAUAACCUUUAGUUCUGCACCUUGUUCCAAAAAAACAUUGUGCGAGGAUGUUUAUUUUAUCUUAAGAAAUUUAAGAAGAAAAGAUGAAUAUGAACAAUUCGGCUUUAGUUCAUAAUGAACAUUUCUAUCCGAUCAUUUAUUUGGCGUGAUUGAAGAAAGUAGGAAAUACAAAAUGAGAAGGAAAAAAAAAAAACAGCUCGACACAUUUUUUUUUUUUUUCACUUCAGUUUCAUUUUAUUUUUAAAUUGUUUCAGCAGCCAUAGUUACCUUUCAUCACAAUGAGUCAUCAUGCAGUCAAUAUAUAGAGGAUUUUCAAAUGGACAUCAGAAUUGUUUGUGUAUUCAUUCACUUGUAACAAAACAAUUAAACAAUUCACGAUCAAACCCAACGAAAUCAUAUACAGCUGUCUUUUUUUUUUCUAUUUGACUUUUUUUUUUGUUCCUUUUUUUUUAUUCAGAACUUUAUAUCUUUUGUAUCUUAUUUUCACAUUUCAUGUUGUUUGAUUGAAAUUCUUUGUUGGAUCACUGUUUGAUUGAAAUUCUUUGUUGGAUCACUGUUUGAUUAAAAUUCUUUGUUGGAUCACACUUCAGGCAUACAAAAUUCUUGAGACUUUGGUAACAUGAUUAUAAAAGUAAACUCAAUUCUCAGACUUUUGUUCAUAUUUAUACGUUAUACUGUUUUUGCUGAUAGGUUUGUUUAUUUGAAUCUAAUUUAACUUACUCUGGAACAAAAUAGUUUUUUUUUAUUAUAAUUCUUGUAUCCAUCAUCAUACACAUUAUCUUUGUCAGACAAGAGCCACGAUGAGUUGGUUUCUUUCUUUCACUUGCAUUCACUUGCAUUUCUCAUUGACAUUCUUGUCAUUUCUUUACAAAAACUAUUUUCACUUUAUGUGUUUAUAUGAAGCAUAAUUAAUAAUCAUGUUACAUAACAAACAAAAACAUUCUAGAUCAGUGGUUCCUAAACAUUUUCCAUAACGGAAAACUUCGCACAUUCUGGGUAAUUAGCAGAACACUUAGCUUUUUUUUUUAGAGAGAUUAUACAUGUGGUGGCCUGAUAGAAAAUGAAUCUAUCAGUUUGUGGAACUCCUGUUCACACCUCGCGGAACACUUGGGUUCAGUGGAACACAGUUUGGGAAACACUGUUCUAGAUUGUUCUCUAAGUUGGAUAAACCAAGAUUUAACAUUUUAAAAAUCAAACAAAUGAAAGAAAAAAAAGUGUUUAUAUUGGGUAAUCAUUUAUUUAUGUAUUUUGCUCUGUUGAUCAAUAAGUUGAUGAUUAAUUUAAUUUGCAUUUCAAUCUGAUGUUCUUUUAAGCUUGCAUUUUUGUUUGUGUAUCAAGAUGUGUUGAUUUAUUGAAUGUUAGACUACAGCCAUCUCCCAAGCUGUAUUUACUGACAUUUUUUUUUUUUUACUUCUUUUGACUUUGACACAUGAAGACAUACAGAUUGGAUGGUUUUAACAGUGCAUAAUUGAUAGGACAUUUUUAAUCUAAUCACUAAUGUUUUACUGUACAAGUCGGGUAACUUCGUUUUAUUUUAUAUUUUAAUUUACUUGAUUUUUACCCUAAGGGCUGUAUAAAGAUUGUAAAGUGCAUGCAUACUAACAUAAUUAUUGUACAAAAAAAAUGUAUAAUGAUUUUUUUUUUUUUCAAAUAGUAUUUUUCUGUGCAAGUUAUAUCAAGGGUAUAAUUAAAUUAUUUUUCAGAUUUAAAAAAGAUAUGUUAAUUUCUUUUUAUCAAUAUUUUUGUAACUGUUGAGUUACUGCUUAUCAUUUGUUGUUUUACUUCUGUUCUCUUCUGCUUCUGUUGUGACCUCAGAGUCGAUCAUUUAUUUUUGAAACAUAUUUUUGUACACAUUUUUUCGCAGUAAUAAAUUUUGUUUUACUUCUGAGAAAUUAUGUUUUCUUCCAUAAAGAUAUCCUAGCUGUGAUUCUUAUUUUACUUUUGUUCUUUCCUUGUUUUAAAACUGCUAAGAGCUGUAGACAGAUGAGUUGUACCCAGUGUGAGAAAAAGGUAACCAAAGUAUGUUUGUUUUUUUUUGGUUGUUUUUAUAUUUAGCAGGAUUUAAACCUGAGACAAUCUUGAUGAAAAUCCUCAGCCGCACCACACGAAACCACAUCAAAAACUUUGGUAACUUUUUUCUAUUGCAUUGAGUCACAAGGGAUAUAGAAUUGUCAAUGAUUCUAAAACCUCUAGAAUUCACUGCCUAUGAUAACAAUCAAUUUUUUAUUCAUUUUCUUGUUUACAAAUGUUACUAUAUUAAUGUAAAAUGAAAUGUAUUAUUUUUGCUUUAAAACUCUGUAAAUGUUUUUUUAAAUUAUCAUUUAUAAAUACUUUUUAUUUUUAAGAUUUAUUUUUUGCAAAACAACCCAAAGCAAGAUCAGAUCCAUUUUUUUUUUUAAAUGUUAUAUUAUAAUAAUAGAUUUUUUGUUUGUUAUUGUUAAAACAAUAUUAUAGUGUAAUGUAUUGUGAAAAUUAAAAAAAAAAUAAUAUAAUUUUUAUUCUUGGUAUAGGGAGGACUUGUUUUUUAAUUCCUUAUACACAUUUUAGCUUUCAGAACAAAAUGUAUAAUAUUUUUCAAAAGAAAUUAUGUUAAAUUUUCCGGAAAACCAAUUCUUUUGGUUUGUCAUGUGAGACGACAGAUUUAAAAAAUGUCUUGUAAAAAUCUGGCCAAGUAUUUAUUUCUGCUUUAAAAAUCUGGCCAAGUGUUUAUUUCUGCUUUAAAAAUCUGGCCAAGUAUUUAUUUCUGCUGUUGUUUUUUUUUCCCUCCUUGAAUUUAUUUCAUUGCUUGCUAUGCAUGUCUGGUAUUUUUGUUUCAAACUUAUGUAUCCAUGACUCAUUGAUGUCCUCUCACAGUCAGUUUAUUCCUGCAUAGUGUUUUAAAUAUUGGCAUAAGACUAACGGAGACAAAGUGUUUUUUUUUAUUUUUUUUAUAUAGAUAUUUUGUUUUUCUUGUUUUGGUGGUACUAUUUCAACUAUCUGACAACUAAACUUGAUGAUGGAAACAUUGAUAUUAAAACUGAACAUGUACACAGAAAGAUUACAAGUAUUAGAAGUAUUUAUGUGAUAUAACAAUGGAUCACCAAAAUAAGUUUAAGAAAAUUUAUAUCUAUGCUUGCUACUUUGUUAGAAAAUUAUUUUAAAAAGGAUAUAUUUUUUAAACUUUGUCAAUUUACAGAAAUAACACCACCUAUUCAAAAAAUGUAGUUUUGGUAACCUUUAAUACCAAUAAAUAUUCAAAAGCCUGCAAUGAUUGUCCGUCAUAGUGAGUCUUGUAAGUCAGCCAUCUUGUGUAAUCAUUUGUUUUACAUGGUAAAAUGUUUUACGCUUAUUAGUGCGACAUCAAUCUGGGACAGUGAUCGCCCUUUGGAUAAGAGACAUAUUUCAAUCAGGAUUGUUGGGAAGUCUUGAUGUAAAAUUGAGAGAUCGUAAAAAUAAAAAAAACUUUGUUCAAGCAAAAAAAAAAAAGAGUAAAACCUUUCAAAUCUGUUCGUCCAAUAACAAUAAUAAAAGACCAAGUUUGGCCACCAUUGUUUCUGUCCCUUUGUUUACCAUAUACUCGAAUGUGUUUGUAAGCAGACGACAAUUAAAACUAAUACAAAAUUUC